AUGCAGCCGGAAGAGCAGCCUCGAACGAUUGUCGUCCUAGGAUCUACAGGUCAUCAAGGCAGAGGCGUAGUCGAAUGUCUUCUUCGCGAGCCGGGUUUGGAAACAUGUCUCGUCCGUGCUGUUACACGAGACACCAAAUCUCCUGCUGCUAGACAAUUGCUGCAAGACUACCAAACCCCGGAUGAGCGUCUCAGUCUCAUCACGGGCGACGUUUAUGACCUCGAUAGCCUCAACAAUGCUUUUUCGGAGGCAUAUGGCGUGUUUGCAGUUACUAGCGAACACAGUCCCCAGAGAAUUGAGACGGAAGAGGAUAUGAAGCAUGAACUUCAAGCUGGUUUGAACAUCAUAUCUGCUGCGAAACUCUGCGAAAUACAACACUUCGUUUUUAGCAGCUUGCCUAAUAUGAAGCAAGUUACAGGCGGCCGCUUCGAGAAACUCUUUCACAUGGAUAAUAAAUAUAUAAUUGAACAAUGGGCCAAGCUUGACUUAGCUGCUGUUACUUGUCUCCUUCCAGGUUUGUCUAUUCCAAGACAAAGCAGCUUCGAACAUACAACUAAUGUUUAUGUGAAUUACCUGACAGGAUUCUUUCUUACAAACCUAAACUGGCCCCAGUACUGUCGUCGCGGAAAUGGGGUCGUCCGUUUUUGUCCGCCGAUUCCCGGUGACAAGUUUGUGCAGUGGCUAGAUCCGGUACAUGACAUGGGUAUAUUUGCAGCCAGGGUCUUUGCACUCGGAGUUUCGAAAACAAAGAAUAAAAACUACGUUGUAGCAGCGCCCAAGAUGCGCAUGCAAGAUUUUGCAACUAUUUUUACGCGCGUCACGGGUCAUCAGGCGAUUUAUUCGCCGAGUACCUUGGAUGAGUGGGCUGAUAUGGCGUCGGAAGUAGUCGGGCCUGGAUUCAAAGAAGACAUUCGGCAAAUGAUGGAAUGGGCCUCAAUCAUGCCUGAUGACAAGAUUUGCUAUGGGGCCCUUGAUCCGACCGAGGAUCCUUCUUGGGAGGAUCUUGGUCUUACUGCCAGUAGCUUUGAAGACUGGCUAAAGCGUACUGGAUGGACUGGGCCUUAA